AUGGACCACGCCUUUCAUGGGCGCCCGCCGACUCGUCGACGCGCCUUUGGGGACGAUGCUACACUCCGGGCUAAUCAAAACAACCGCCCCGGCUCUCGCUCUCCUCAGUAUGGAGGACAGAAACCGAGCCCCGGCGCUGUAUCCUCCUCGCCGCCGCCACUCCCCCACAAUGUGUCCAUAGUGCCGAAUGGCACACUCUCUGUUCGGCAUGAGCCCCAGCUGAGCCCGUCUCCCCAAAACAAGCGCAUCUCCGCCGUCAUCAACGAAGAGUACCGACCACACAACCCCAAGCGCGAUUCUGAGGUCUCAAACGCAAGCACGAAUGCUUCCAAUGCAGGCUCCCGUCGCAAGACGCACAUCGGACCGUGGCAUUUGGGUAGGACAAUUGGCAAGGGAGGCUGCGGUAGAGUGCGCGUCGUACGACACAGCGUCACCGGUCAGUACGGAGCCGCAAAAAUCAUAUCGAAAGCGACGGCGGACAAGGUGCGAGCAUUGAGCUUGGCCAACCUGGUUAAGAGCGCGGAGAACGACCCGACCUUAUACCCGGGCGGGAAGGUCAUACCCUUCGGCUUGGAGCGCGAAAUCUGCAUCAUGAAGCUUUUGGAUCACCCCAACAUUGUCCGUCUAUAUGAUAUCUGGGAGAACCGCAACGAACUCUACCUGGUUAUGGAAUACAUCGAAGGAGGCGAGUUGUUCAGCUACAUUGGUGAACAAGGCGGCCUGCCGGAAAUCCAGGUCGUCCACAUUUUCCGACAGAUCAUUGCCGCGCUGUUCUACUGCCACCGAAUCAACAUUCACCAUCGCGAUCUGAAGCCAGAGAACAUUCUGUUGGAUAGAGACAAUAUGCAGAUCAAGCUAGUCGACUUCGGCAUGGCGGCUCUGCAACCGCAGGGCAAGAAGCUUACCACACCAUGUGGCAGUCCGCACUAUGCCGCGCCUGAGGUCAUUCGGACACAAUCUUAUGACGGCGGAAAAGCAGACAUUUGGAGCUGCGGCGUCAUACUCUACGUCUUGCUUAGCGGAGUGCCUCCCUUCAACUACUCAGGCGAUGACAGGGAUCUCAAGUAUCUCUUCCGCGCUAUUGCUCGCGCCGACUAUGUUAUGCCCGACGGUCUCUCUCGCGAAGCGCAAGACCUCAUUCGCCGGAUCCUAGUAGCAGACCCUCGGCGUCGCAUUGCCAUCGACGAGAUUUGGAAACAUCCUUUUUUGCGCAAGUAUGAUGAAGAGCUUGGAUUCACGGGCGCAAAUGCUAGGGUCGAACAGUGGAUCGGGCCAAUGCCAAAGAUCGACGAGUGGACGACCUUGACACGGUCGACCAUUGACCGCGAAAUUCUCCGCUACAUGCGCACCCUAUGGCACAGCGAGAAGGAGGAGAUGAUAAUACAGCGACUUCUAAACCAGGAUGCCAACCAAGAGAAAUACUUCUACGCGGCCCUUCUGAAGUAUCAGAAUGAUCAGUUGGAGAACUAUGUGCCUAACCCCCAUCAUCCUAUCACAUACUCGAACAGCGACCAUCACCACAACCGGCCGAUGGCCCCUACUAGUCGCGAUAUGUUGCAGUUACCGUCUUCCAAGAAGCACAAGCGGUCACAGUCUGGGUACUCGAUCCUCAAUGACGAGCACAUGUAUUCGAAACACAGUUUCUAUGAGCCGCCGUCGUCCGAGGCUAGCUACGAUCCUUUCCGAGCGUCAAGGGCACCUAUAAUUCCUAGUCAGGUCGUCCAUCAGAACGUCACGGUGCAUCGCGGACCCAGCAACGGAAGCCGAAAAUUGCGUCCAACCACAGCCUUGGGCCAUCGUACAGGGAGCUCGCUGCGAGUUAAGGCUCUGACAAACUCAAAGCAUAGCUCUGCCAUCUCGCGAGGCUCCUCGAAGCGAAGCACUCCAUCUCAGCGAUCGGUGGGGCGUAGAUCAGUUUCCCGAUCUUCGAUGGCCAGCUCGCAUUGGCCUAGUAGUCCGCCCGUUGUAGUUCGACCUGGCCGCUUGGGUAGACGUGGAGUCAGCUUCGCGCACUUGCGUCGAUCUUCCGCGGCUACCGCUAGCACCGCGGACGGUACUGUUCAGUAUACACCGGAACAGCGCAGCAUCCUCAGCUAUCGAGACUCUGUCGGGUCAUCGGUGCUUUCGCACAGACCCAGCACCGUCCAAGGCUCUCCUUCUAUACGGACAGUGAGCAGGACUGCUGCUAGCCCAAUGGUACCACGCCUGAGGGUGCGCAAGCCCGAGAGCCCUAGCAAGUACAUUCAGAAGGAAGCUCGCAAAGUUAGCACUGAACUCGAAAAGGUCAUGGAGGAGGCGUUCAAUCGUGCGUCCAUUGGCUCCAGUGUCCGUGCGACAGGCGAAGGUGCAUCUGAGUAUAAUACCCCUCCCACUUCUAUAUCCAACAGAGACUCAGGCGGUAGUGCUGCGUUGGCGACACCGAACAACAGGGCGACGAUGCAGAACCGGCCGCUUCCGCCCGUUCCGAAUGAGACCCCGAAUACGUUCAUUCAUCGUAAGCUUGCAGAGACACGAGCAGAAUUUGCUCGACGGCUUGAUGAGAGUGGCGACAACACGGAGCACUUCGUCGAAGUCAUAGAGCACCUAGAUCGACUUAUGGUGCCAUCUACCAAUGGAGCGAAGCGUACAUCAUCUGCUCCUGCAAAGUCCCCUGAGCAAUCCGUUCCUUUGCAUGUCAUUCCCGAGGAAGCGAAGGCAGACGAAGACUUGUUCGAGCUUGAUGGUCCUUCCUAUAGAGCUGUUACUGAUCCCGUCAGGCCUAACAUGCAAGGACGCCGGGCAGUGACCGAUCAUACUACGAUUCGUCUUGUGGACCAGUCCCCCACGAGGAUUGCUCCGCUCAAUAUACGAAAGCGGAGUGGUGCGAGCACGUCUUCGAGGGCUGCUAAUGACACCACAGCGGUGCCAUGGCCACGCCAGACUUCUCACCAGUCAGCCCAGAAUAAUCCUCCGGCUACACGGACAAAUGAGGAGGCAGCAGCUGUGCCCGUUGAGAUUCUUGAGAAGGAGGCUACCGUCAAGAAAAAGAAGUCGUCCUGGUUUCGCCGCACUCCAGAGGAGAGGGACCGCCCGCAGGAGCAUCAGCCGAAGCCAAAGCCAAGCACCAGCCGAUUGCAGAUUCCUGAGGCAUGGCAGGGCUUGGAUGACCGUAUCAAGAACGAUCUUCCUAGGAUCUCUGGUCCGAGCCCCGACAUCGCUAAGCACGCGACGAAGCAGUCAACUGGUAGCAGCAGCAGCGAGUUUCCCAUGCGUGGUUGCGGCACGACCGUCGGUAAGAGCGAGGGUGGUGGAGCGCGAAAGGGAUUCUUUGGUUUGUUCGGCAAGAAGCAGAAAGAUGAUAAGGGCAAGAGGCCCAUGGAACUAGGUGCAGACAACUUUAGCACCUCCUCCAUUCUCUCUAGCUUCGAACUGGGUCCUGAGAAUGGACCGGAAACAUCCGCGCGUUCUGGCCCUCCCGAAUUCCAGAUGAAUUGGCUCUCUCGCUUCUUGCACAUUAAGCCUGCUAGCAAGGUCCUAUGCUUCCAUGUCGGUCGCGGCAAGGUACGACAAGACCUCGUGCGUCUGCUGCGUGACUGGCAGCGAUUCGGUGUCCGGGACGUCAACUUCGACCGCGCUACGAACGUGAUCAAUGCUCGAAUUGAUAAGAACAACCAUCUCAAGCUCAAGCCAGUUUCGCUUAUCAUCGAGCUUUUUGUUGUCCUCGAGCAUGGCCGCCGCGCAAAUCUGUGCCUCGCUCGGUUUACGCAGACCCGCGGUGCCGCUUCUAGUUUCCGCAAGGUUGUCGAUAUCAUCGAAGACGUAUGCCGUGCUAGGUGCAUCCUUGUCGAGGACGAGGAGAAGAAGGCCGCUAUGUGUGAGGUCUUGAGCUGA